AAAGGCGUUUCAUUGUCCAGAGCAUCAUGGCAGUAUAAUUUGCAUUGACACAGACAUCUUUAUAAUCACCACCGAACUCAACGACGUUAUCAUAGGAAAAUUAAUUUUUUGGUCACAAUGAACAGUUGUUAUCCUUUUAAGGUGAACGAGGUGUUUGUACAGGCCGUCUUGAAAAGGUAUUUGUACGUGCACUGGUGCGAGAAGUUCUCCGGUCAGUGUUCGGUGACAGUUUACAGCCCGAGGCAUCGGCGUGUCCGGAGUAUGCUGCACGAGACACACCAAUAUCAUUUCGCCUGUUUCGUGUUGAACCCCGAGGUCGAACAGUCUGCUUCAAAGAAAAAGGCAAAAUGAAUUCCAGCACUCGCUUUCCUUUUUGCACUACAACAAUGUUGUGUUUGCUAGUGUUGACAGUUGACGCCCAGACCCAAGUCACCGUCAACAAUGGAGUUCUAGAGGGUGUGAGAAGGACCGUCGAGGGAUUAACUUGGGAUGUCUUCUACGGGAUUCCCUACGCUAAGCCUCCUGUGGGGAACCUGAGGUUUGCAAAGCCGGAGCCGGCGGAAAACUGGACGGGAGUUCGCAAUGCCUCGUGGUUUGGCAGUGGGUGUGUCCAAGAGAAAAGUCCCUAUGUCAAGUUAAUUGUUCCGUUAUCCGAAGACUGUUUAACAUUGAAUGUGUAUUUGCCAGGGAUGCUAGACAACAGCACAAAAAAGGCAGUGAUGUACUUUAUUCACGGUGGCAGCUAUUAUUACGGUGGUUCUUUUUCAUACACUUUCGAUGAGCUGGCUCUCCGUGGCGACGUCAUAGUGGUAUCGGUGAAUUAUCGCCUUGGAGUGUUUGGUUUCCUGUAUUCUGGUGAUGCCAAUGCCCCCGGCAAUGUGGGAUUAUGGGAUCAGAUAGAGGGACUCAAGUGGGUGAGAGACAACAUCGCCCAUUUUGGAGGAGAUCCCAACCAAGUGACCAUAUUCGGUGAAUCAGCUGGAGCUUCGAGCGUCACCCAAUUGGCAUUGACCACAGCUAGUAGCGGGCUCUUUAGCCGGGUGAUAGUUCAGAGCGGGACCCUCCUCAGCACCUGGGCCUGGUCGAUCACUCCCACAGUUCUGGCAGAGGCCGUUGCAACUAAUUUAGGCUGCUCCAGUACCUCGGCCAGUCUUGCUUUGUGUACGCAAAACAAGACUGCAACAGAGAUAUUAGAUGCUGGUGCCGCUGCUGUUGGUGAAGCAAAGGGUUCCUUUGGACCUGUUGUAGAUGGCGACAUGUUUACCAAACCAGCAAGGGAGAUUCUUAAUGAUUCGUCGUCGAAGGCUUUUACACAAUUCCAGUCGUUGGAUUUUAUGGCAGGGUUUCUUGAUGGCGACGGAACUGCCAUGCUUACAAAUAAUGUUGAAAAUGGUCUCUCACUAGAGUUCCUGGAGAGAGCUAUUCUUUUCACAGCAUUUUUGAUUUCAACACCUCACGCCGAAGCCUUAGAGGAGAAGAUUAAAGAGGUAUAUUACGACACUACAGCCUCAAAUAUAGACACAGCCAAGAGCUAUCUGGACCUCCUGACUGAUACAAAUUUUGCUUCUGGCACUGUUGAAUUGUCCAAUAACCACAUGUCGUCAAAUGCCUCCACUUAUCUUUGGUACAUGACUGUUAAACCUGACUUUUCACACAUUAUCCCUGCCCCUACGUGGUUCGAUGGUGCUUCCCAUGCAGAUGACCUCGGAUACUUGCAGGGAGAGUAUAUAUUGGGUCUAAUCACACCUGGAGGCAUAGCGACGACUGCUGACAAGGCCUUGUCCGUUAACGUUAUCAGAUACUGGACAAACUUUGCAAAAACUGGGAAUCCAAACUCGCCCGAUCUUGUACAAUGGCCAGGCUACACAAAGGAUGGAAAGGCAUAUUUGGAGCUAUCUCGAAAUAUUGCUGCUAAGAACGAUGUCCUUUCAAAGCGCAUGGCACUGUGGCAGGUGACCGUCCCGGGAAUUCUCAGCGGUGAAAUCAGCUCUGCCUCAUAUACCCACAACUACCUAUGGUCAAGAGCAUUACUCACGAUGUUUUUCGGUUAUAUGACAUCUCUCAUUUUUUCUUGAGAUGUUUCAAUGAUGCUGUUGCCAUCAUGUAAUCAUGAUAUUUGAAACCAAUCGAGACCCAUAUGGCGGUAGACUGGCAAAGUGAAAUUUGUAACAAAGAAUUUGACAAAUUGUGCAAAAAACCUUUUGUGCUCUCAGUUUACCGAUUCAUUUAUUAAUUUACUAUUUAGGUAACUGAAUUUGAACUAUUUUCAGUAAUUUUUUGGGGUGUUCGAGUUAUAAUCAUAUUAUCUGAAUCCCUUAAUGAAUGUUACUUAUAAGAAAAAAUUAUCUUGCUUUCAGUUGUAUAAGGAUUAAUCAACUGUGAUUAUCUUGGCUUCAUCUCCUUGAUAGGACUAUCAUAAAAUUGCAGAUACUUUCAUAUGAUGUGGAUUAAACUGUAUUCAUAUUAUUUACACUGAACAAAAAAUAUUAACUCCCCAUGUGAAUAAAUUGUCAAAUGUAAUGAGGUACAUUCAAUAAUCUGUAGCACGUUGAACAACAAAAUUCACUCUGUAUGAUUUAAUACAUACAUCAUAACAGUGAUAAAAUCUUUAAAGCACUGUGUGGGAGACUGUGGGACACAUAUUUUAGCUCAGUGUUAAUCAAUUCUACCUAUUUGCAAUAGACUGUGCUAAUCUUCAUUGAAUUACUAAUAAAUUAUGAGUGCAGAAAGCCUGUUGA